CAUAUAUCUGCAUGUCAUUUCCGACGAUCCACUUUCCCCAAUUCGGACAACCAUAGCACAGCUGUGUAGCCUCAGCCAUCCAUCUCUCACACCUCUUCUCCCUCCUCCUCCACCACCACCAAAUGGCAAUCACUUCUCCCGGAGACGAUCACGAAGCCUUUACACAAUGGGCCAUCUCCAAAGGCGUGCAAAUCAAAGGCAUUGCCCCGGCCCAUUUCCCCGGUCGACGUCUUGGCAUGAUCGCCACCAGGACGAUCAAGGAGAAUGAAGUGAUGCUCAGCAUCCCCCGGGCAGUAAUGCUAACCAGGGACUCCAUUCCCCCAUCAUUCGUGGAGCAAUUCCCCGAAGACACACCCAACCACGGAAUUCUGGCCGCAUUUCUCACCCACGCAGACACAGACGUUCUCCAGGACAUCGAACCCUGGCGCAAAGUAUGGCCCUCCUUCCGCGACUUCCAAGACACCAUCCCCCUCCUAUGGCCGGACCGUCUGCGCGCAUCCAGCUCCACAUCAUGGUCCGGUCCCUCAUUACUCCCGCCGUCCAUCUCCGGCCGGUGGAACUCGUUCCGCAAGACGCCUGCAGGCGCGGAUUACGAGUCCACGUACCAGAACUUACUACCGCAGCAGGAAAAGCGCGUCCGGAAAGCCUGGGAGUACGUUGUCUCUGCGUUUCCUGAGACGAAUCCUGGUACUUUCGCGUAUUACUAUUUCAUCGUCAACUCGAGGAGCUUCUAUUAUGUUUCUUCGCCUGGUGAUGAGUCCGAGGAUUGGAAUGAUGAUGUUGGGAUGGUCCCUUUUGCGGAUUACUUCAAUCACGUGGAUGAUGCGCCGUGCGAUGUUCAUUUCGAUGGGAAAAAAUAUACGUUCACAGCGAAGAGGCAGCAUGAAAGGGGUGAAGAAGUGUAUAUGAGCUACGGACCACACUCGAACGACUUCCUGCUAGUCGAAUACGGCUUCUGCCUAGACGACAACGAAUGCGACUCCAUCUUCCUCGACGACAUAAUCUUCCGCGAACUCACACUGUCACAAAAGAAAGAACUAGCCUCUCGCGACCUCUUCGGCAACUACGAAAUAACAUCUGCAGGCCCCACCCUAUCAGUCGAAGCAGUCGCCUGUCUAAAAUACAUGCGCAAAGGUCCCUGGAGGAAAUAUCUCCGCGACAAAACAGGCUCCGACCCGCCCACCACUGCUCGCAUCAUCAAGAGCUGGAUCGAGGCGUACCUUAAAGAAUGCACCACCACGAUCGACAUCAUUGAGUCCUUGCUUGAUCUGACCAAGUCACCUUCCCCGGGGUCUAUACCCGAGUUCGGCUCCGAACAGUGGAAGCAGGAGAGGCUCGCGAUGCUGCUUUCGAGGUGGAGGCAAAUUGAGCGGUUGUGUGAGAACGCCCACGCGGCGGUUCUAGGAACAGCUCAUGAUUAAGUCCCAACGCAAGUAUUACCUUUUCAAGGGAGGGCUAAGACCGUCAGUGGUUCUCGUGCUUUGGGUCCUUCUCCCUUCGCCAUCCUCUUCAGUCUCUAAGAAACCAUCAAAUCGUCGGACCUAUCCUAGGUCCUGGAGAAUCACAUCCAAAGGAAAUCUUCACUCGUCAAUAUGAAUAACUUGUCCCGAUGGCGUUGAGGGAUACACGAAUAACAAAACAGGAUACUACUUUUAACAGGCUACAUCCACCACCAGGGGAACAGAAAACGGCACAUUACAUAGAAACCAGCGACAACAC